AAGAAAGCAUAUAGUAUUUAAUAAAAAUGAGUAGUUAUCGCCGGCAGUAACAACCAAAACCUGAGACAGAUGGCUUUUAGACGACCACUGAUACUAAUCGUCAUCUACAUCGUUUUAACCGCCGGCGUUAAAAUCGCCACCGCGGAUGAGCCGGUGCCGACGCCAUGGCCACACCAGUUCCACGCGUUAAUGUUUAUGAAUUACUCCGGCGAUCUCUCGAUGAUUGACCUUUGGUACGACUGGACCAACGGUCGUAAUUUCAAUAUCAUCCAGGAGCAGCUCGGUGGCAUUACGUUGGAAUCCUGCGUCCAAACUGGCUAGAUGGAGCCAAGUAUCUAGGUCAAAAAAAUGUGAGUGGGUUUCUCUGCAAUGAAUGGGAGAAAGUAGACUUUAUAUGGUACUAUGAGGAUGUUGCAACCAAGAGACCCGUGCAAUGGAUCUUCUAUACAGGGAGGGAGGCUCAUAUAAUGACAUUUGAGGUUGGUGCGGUCUUAGAGGAUGAGAAAUGGCAAGCACCGGUUUACUGUUUCAACAAAGAGAAGAAGGGUUUAUCAACAAAGGGAGCUUUGAGAGAAUUUAGAGGAUACAAAGAAAUGGCUGCGAUGUAAUGUUAAUAAACGAGACCUUUUUUUUCUUUCUAGAGGAUCAAUUCAGGAAGAGCACAAGAGUGAAUAAAUCAUCUAGGGAGGAGACCUUAGAGUUUGUGUAAAAAACCUAAUAAUUCAAAAAGAUUAUCAUGGUCCGCAUUGUUUUGUCUA